UACAAACAUUAGACACACCCAGUACAUCCCACAAAACACUCCAUUCGAACCCCAUACACAUUUCUCACCAUUUAAGAACUCAUGAGACACACAUAAACACACAAAAAGGGAAAAUCCCAUUCCAAAUCGAGGACAAGUUCAGCGCAAAGCUCGUCCCCAAAAAGAUAUAGUCUCUCUAGUUUUACAACCACGCAUUGCAACAUUCGCGGAGCCAACAAGUGAAGGCCACGGAAAUCCGCAGAAUCCACUGAUUUUGGUUCUGAUUCUGAUUCCGAUUCUGAAGUGAAAAGAGAACCUGAAAGGCAAAUACCUCCUAUCAGAAAUGCAGAAGGGCGUCAAGGAUAAGGAGAACCGGAAUGUGGCAAUGAAUCCGGAAAUCGGAGACUUUCACCAGCAGCAGGCGACUUCCAGGCAAAAUGAAGGCUUCCUUGGCAGUUUCCUAUCGAAGGGCCUGAAGACCAAUCAGCUGGUGGUAAAUACGGAUGAGAAGACCCUGCGACCGGUUGCACGUCUGAAGGAACCGCGCGAUCUCUUCGCCCUGCCGAAGGACAAGGACAAUGACUGCUCACAGCAGGCCCCCAGAUGGCCGGUUGAGUGCCAGGUCAUCGAGGAGCGCAUCACACACAUUCCGUACGUGCCCGCUACGCCGGAGCCGCUCAAUUCUCCGACCGGAAACGAGCUGAAGCCACGCCCCGUGGGCGAGGAGAACGGCAUUGUUGUAUUCAGUUAUAGUCCGAUUAGCGCCGUUAACUACGAAAAGCCAAAGGCGAAGAAGGAGGAUGAUGAGUCGAGUGACGAGUCGGACUACUCCUCGGAUUCCCGCCAGGAUUCGACGCCCCCGAGCCGUGCCACGCCCAUGCGUUUGGCGGGGGGCGGUGGGUGUGCCCGCGGCAAGCUGAACAGCGUCUCCAAGAUGAUCAACACCGUGGACAAUCGAUCGACGAGCGCCUCCCUGGACGACAACGAUGACGAGUACGACGAUGAUGAGUACGAUACAUCCGGUGGCUAUGGAUGCGGCGGGAGUGGCGAGGCCAAGGAGAAGGCCAUCAUCAAGGAUCUCAUCGAGGCGAAGAAGAAGCGCUACCAGGAGGAGGCGGCCGCUGGCACGCCCACCGCCGGCGGAACGGGACGCAACUCGAGGGCGGCCAGCCAUCGCUCGGAGGCGAGCAGGAAUCCCAGCGAGAUCGAUGACAUCUGGAAGAACAACACCAGCGAAUACAAGCCCGCCUCGCCGCGCUACGUUCUCAGUCAGUUCGGGAAGAAUGUGGCCAAGGCGAUGAUCGAUCGGAUUGUGGACCAGGACGAUGGCAGCGGUGCACCAGCGCCGGGAUCUCAAAAGGUAUCCAACCAGUUCGCCGUUGCGCCGGUUAGGUUGCCCAAAACGAAUAAAGCCCGCUUGGAGGUGGCCUUCGAGCGAUCCGCUGCCGAGGUGGCUUCCAAACGGAAGGUGGUGGUGGGCGGGCGGCAGAUCGCUGGCAAGAACGAGAGCUCCUCCUCGGAGGACACCAGCAGCUCUGGCCUCGGGGAAGAAGAGGAGGAAGAGGACGAGGACGACGAGGAGGUGGAUGGUGAUAAUCAAGAGCGGGAGGAGGAACCAGAAGAGGACUCCGGUUCGGAGACGGAGGAUUGGCCAAGUGGCGAUGCCGUCUGCCGCCUUCUGGGCAGCAACUCGGCCCGGCUCGCCGGUGGCGCCGAGAAGCGUCCUUGUCCCAAUUCCGGAUCCGUUUCCGAUACCGAAACUCUGGUGGGCGACGAGAGCAAGAGCAGGCUGGCUGGCCCUGGAGGUCCUGGCGCGCAGGACCACGCUCGUUCGCGGAGUCGCCAGCAGUUGCAGGUGAAACCGCCACCCCCGCGGGCAGUACCGCACACCCAUGCGGCGACCGUUGCGGCGGCGGCGGCAGCGGCAGCGGCGCUCGCCAGAGGGCGCCACCGCGACAAGGACGGCUGUUUGGGCGGAAGGCCAGAAGACUCUACGCGGGGCAAUUAUGAUAUGCCAAGGGAAGUGGGAGGAUUAGGAGGAGGAGGAGGAGGAGGAGCGGAUGCGGGAAUGGCGAUGGGAAUGGGAAUGGGAAUGGCAAUGGGCACCUUGGGCAGCACUCGCACCGAAAAGAACAGCAACGUCUUCCGGCUGAGCAAGGAUGAGCAGCAGCAGCAGCUGCCACAAAUGCUGCAUCCGAUGGCCAGCCAGGAGACGACUGGCACCAUGAACUCGACAACAAGUAAUCCAACGACGACGACCUGCUCGUCGCAAUCCUUUUCCUGCUCCGAUUUAUCCCAAGCGCAGUUCAGUCGAUCGGCGGUGGGUGGAGCCCGCUUCGUGACCAACUGCCAUCCGAUGAAUCCGGAGGAGUACGACGGCCUGGAGUUCGAGUCGCGCUUCGAGAGCGGCAACCUGGCCAAGGCGGUACAGAUCACGCCCACCUACUAUGAGCUCUACCUGCGACCGGAUCUCUACACCAGUCGCUCCAAGCAGUGGUUCUACUUCCGGGUGCGACGCACUCGCCGCAAGAUGCUCUACCGCUUCUCGAUCGUCAACCUGGUCAAGUCGGACAGCCUCUACAACGACGGCAUGCAGCCGGUCAUGUACUCCACCCUCGGCGCCAAGGAGAAGAGCGAGGGCUGGCGGAGGUGUGGCGACAGCAUCUGCUACUACCGCAACGACGACGAAAGUGCCAGCAAUAGCGCCAACGAGGACGACGAGGACAACUCGACGUACACGCUGACCUUCACCAUCGAGUUCGAGCACGACGACGACACGGUGUUCUUCGCGCACAGCUAUCCGUACACGUACAGCGACCUGCAGGACUACCUCAUGGAGAUCCAGCGGCACCCGGUCAAGUCCAAGUUCUGCAAGCUGCGUCUGCUCUGCCGCACCUUGGCCGGCAACAAUGUCUACUAUUUGACGGUGACGGCGCCCUCCUCCAACGAGGAGAACAUGCGGCGAAAGAAAUCGAUUGUGGUGUCGGCGCGAGUGCAUCCCAGCGAGACUCCCGCCUCGUGGAUGAUGAAGGGUCUGAUGGACUUCAUCACUGGCGAUACAACGGUGGCCAAGAGGCUGCGGCACAAGUUCAUUUUCAAACUGGUACCGAUGCUCAAUCCGGACGGAGUCAUCGUGGGCAACACCCGGAACUCGCUGACCGGCAAGGAUCUUAAUCGUCAAUAUCGAACGGUCAUCCGCGAGACAUAUCCAUCCAUUUGGUAUACCAAAGCCAUGAUUAGAAGACUGAUUGAGGAAUGCGGCGUGGCCAUGUACUGUGAUAUGCACGCUCACUCACGAAAGCACAACAUAUUCAUAUAUGGCUGUGAGAACAAACGCAACCCGGAAAAGAAGCUCACCGAGCAGGUCUUUCCGCUGAUGCUGCACAAGAACAGUGCGGAUCGGUUCUCCUUCGAGAGCUGCAAGUUCAAGAUCCAGCGCAGCAAGGAGGGAACCGGACGCAUCGUGGUCUGGAUGCUGGGCAUCACCAAUAGCUACACAAUCGAGGCCUCCUUCGGUGGCUCCUCAUUGGGAUCGCGCAAGGGAACGCACUUUAACACGCAGGACUAUGAGCACAUGGGACGAGCAUUUUGUGAGACACUUUUGGACUACUGCGACGAGAAUCCGAACAAAGUAAAGCGGCACGCAAAGUUGUUUAAACAAAUCAAAAAGAUAAGAAAACGCGAGAAACGCGAACAGAAAGCAUUGAAAUUACAGAAAAUGGCCGAUCAGAUUUUAAAUUUACUCAAACAACAGGACAGGCUACGAUCCAAAAUUAUCGAAAGACUGAUGCGAGAAGGCUCCAGUGCCGAUGAGCCAUUGAAUAUACCAUUAUCUGAUUACUCAAGCGACGAGGGCAACUGCAGCUCUAGUUCGGAUAAUGAGGGCAAGCACUCGAUAACGGCCUCCGAUCUGGAAGGACCUUGUUGUGCACCCACCCGAGCACCGCCCAGUUCGCCCGAGGUCAUUCACGAAAUCCGCAAGUUCCGCAUGAGGCGCAUGCGCAAAGUGAUGCACGAGCUGGACAGGAUCUACUUCACGCCGCUUUUCCAGCGCAAAUUCAAAACGCUCACAACCCUAAAGCGAAGGCGUCACAAAAUGGGCGGCAAGACGGCUCCAACUGGCAAGAGGCUGCGAGGCGGAGGCGGUGGUGUGGCCACCGAUGCCACGCCCACUCCACAAACAGCCGCCCCAAUGGGAGGUUCGAUCGGGGAGACGAACGCAGGCCAACAGCCGAAUUCCAGCAGGCAAUUGGCCAUGGCCAGAAAACCUCCAGUUAAUCGAGGUAAACCGAUGGCGGUGGAAAGUUCGGAGAGCACCGAUAGUCUGGACUCCUCCAAAUCGGAGUCCACCCGAGAUCUGGAUGGCUCCAGUGCCAGCACCGAGGUGGCAACCGGAAAGGAGGCUCCCAAGCGAAAGGUCAAGGCUUCCGGCUCCAAGAAGACGGGCAAGAAGAAGAAAUUCAUGCCCACGGAGAAGAAGAAGGUGGUGGUGAAUCAGAAGCUGCGCGUGGAUCGCAAUUUCCGACUUUGGCUGGCCAACCGACGUAUCUACAUUUAUCGGCGAAAGAAGUCCACGCAGACGCGUCGCACCAAGGUGAGGAGCAAGCCGCCCAAGAAACGCGGCGAGGUGGUGCGCACCACCCUCGACUUGCCCACAACGGAUCCGGGAUCGGAUCUGCACUUCUCCACCGACGACGAGGAGCACUCGCCGACGACGGGACAAAAUGGCUACGGUGCAGUGGCUCCGCUGCGUCACACGCUGCUCCAGAGCGAUUUGCAGAGGCGCUACAUCGAGGAGAUCGGCGAUACGGUGGUGCAGAAACCGAAGCCGGCGCACAUGCCGCCGGAACUGAUAGUGACCACGCCCUCGAAGAGCGGAACUCCCGGCGGUGGCAAGAAGCUCGAUGUCUACAAGCUGACGCCGCGCACUGCUCCCGAAUUGGACACCGGCGGCCAUCACAUGGGCAUGAUGCAGCGGCAGGCCGGGGGAACUGGCACCUCCGCCAGACGCACCUACUCCUGGCACAAUCUCGACCAGCAGGAAAUACCCAGCGGGAGUGGAGGUCAGGGCAAGGCCAACUUCUACAUGGGUGAUGCCAAGCCGACCAUGAAGGCCAUGACCAAACCGCCGCCAAGAAGGAGUGUCCCCAGUAACUUCAUUCCCCAAAGACAUGGCAAUGUGCCAACGGCGGACGACUUGCAGCUCAAGCUCUCGCUGAAGAAGAAGGUCUGGACGGGAGCGCAUGGAGAUGCGGAUGGAAGACCACUCUCCUGGUACAAAGGUCACUCGAUAGCCGGAUCUCAAAUGCCCAACGCAACGGCGGCGGGCAUUCGAAGUGCAGGCGGCGGCGCUGGAGGAGGAGGAGGAGGUGGUGGUGUUGCUGGUGGAGUAGGCACUGGUGGCAGUGGCCAAAACCGAACCAUGUUCACGUCCAGUGGCAGGGAGCAGACAGCUGCCUCGGGAGGCAUCGCCAUCGGAGUGCCGCCCGCCUUCGUUGGAGCACCACGCAAACCCAGAAAACUGGAGCAAGUGGAUUUGUUUAAUGCCUGUUCGCAGAAGUUGCUCAUGUGGCAACAGCAGGAGGAGCACAAGAGGUCGCAGCCGCAGCAAGCGCAACGUUUGCUAAAAGUCGACGAUGGCCAGCAGCAGCCAAGGGAUCGUGAGCGAGAGCAUCGCGAGCAGCAGGCCUUCAAGCCCAUGCAUUUGGUGAAGAAGUCGGCGGGAACGAGCAGCCAGAGCAAGGUGAUCCAAACGUUGAUGGCAACCGAAUCGGGAGGCAAGGUGAAGCGCAAGUCGAGCAGCAUGAUGAAGAUAGCGGAGACCACGCAGCUGGUGACCCGCUUUGCCCGGAAUCGCAACAGUGCCGGCGGAUCGGCGGUGCAGCACCAUCAGCAUCAGCAUCAUCAUCAUCAGCAGCAGCAGCAGCAUCAGCAGCAGCAGCAGCAGCAGUUGCACCACCAGCAGCACCCACAGCGAAUGAUGUUCAAGGGCCAGGCGACCGCAUCCAUUGGCGGACGCAUGCACUCUGCCGGAGUCAUGCAGCAGGGUCACAUGCAGGGCGGCAACGGAGGACGUGCACCGAACAAAUUCAAGACGGGCGGCCUGGUCAUCACAGCCGUUCAACAGCCAUCCAAUAUGCCAGGCGGGAAUAGUUCGCGGCGGAUGAGGAAUGCAGCUGGCUUGCAGGCCAAGAGCAGCACAGGCGCCUUGGGCUCGUCCUCCGGGCAGAUGCAAUAUCAGCGCAGCAAUGGCAAUGUCCAGGCGAACAAAUCCUCAACGGGAAUCUCACUGGACACCGUCAAUCUCGUCCGGAAGGUGAAGACCAAGCUGAAGAAGCGCAAAUCCCGCACUUUGUCCACUGGAGCACCAAAGUAAUCGUGGUGCGCAUCAGUUUUCAUGUCAGAUAUCCAAACAAAAGAAAAGGCUGCUCCAGAUACCCUCCUCGGAACGUAUAUAUAUAUAUAUAUAUAUUUAUAUAUAUAUAUACAUAUAUGGAUUACCCAUUUUUUUUGUUCCAAAUUCUAGUCGAAUUUAAUCCCCGUCCCCCAAUCAAGUUUCUUACGCAAAAGACGAUAAGGAAAUGAUUAGCAAAAUUAUUUAAAUAACUCAUAUCUCUUUAGAACUAUAUAUAUGCAUAUGUGUAAUCCCCGAUCUCUGUACCUACAGUUAAUCCCUAAAAUAAUGUUGAAAGUCCUA